AUGGACGACACCGACGUCUCCUUUUCCACGGAAUGGAUAGAUGGCAAUUUUCUUAACAACGAUCCACUCAGCAUAUUCCGGCAAGAGCCCAGCCUCGAAGUAGACAUCGCUUGGUUCAAACUCGCCGAUACGAGGCCGAUUCCUCUGACGCGGGAAGAUGUUUUGGCCAUUGGAAAAGACCCAGAGAAGUCGGUUAAACUGGGGCUAGAAUUCGGCCUGGGUCCGGACUUAUACGCAGGCCGGAUUGACGUCUUCCACCAGCUGCAUUGCUUGGAUGCGCUGCGACAAGAGGCAUACUUUGAGCAUUACUAUCACAACACGUACCCAGGCGGAUACAACCAAACCACCAAGAAGCAUCGGGCUCACCUAUCGCAUUGCAUCCAUAUUAUUCUGCAGAAUAUCCUAUGCCACGCAAACACGGAUAUUCUCACACAUAUCUGGACAGAUGCGGUCGACCAUCCUUGGCCGGACUUCAACAUCCCGCACAGAUGUCGAGACUAUCGGGCGUUGAUGGACUGGCAACAUCGUCAUGCCGUGGACGAGGGGUUAUUUGUUAAGAUGAAGAGACCAGAGGACCAGGAGCCUCGCCGGACGAGCAGUCAUUUCAAGAAGAUUGUCAAUCCGGAAAUGUAUGAUCAUCUUGAAGAUAUCGUGGAUGAUGGGGACAUUGCAUAG